UCUGUAUCGAACAUCAACAAAACGACAGAUUUAUAAUUAUAUCACGGCAUUCGAUUCCAUUCGUACUAUUAGGAUUACCUAAGUGAUGAAUAGUUAUGCCAUCCAUGCUUACCAAAAGCGUGAUGAUGAGAUUAUCUGCAACAACGUUGCCUCGUCGGCUUCCCGCCCAUGUGAAAUCUAGCCUCAACUGAACAAACGUGGUAACCUUUGAAAUAAACUGAAUGCAUGCCCGUCUGGAUACAUGAAGACGGGAUAAUACGUUCCCAGCCAAGUUUCAAACACUUAUUGGCUGCGAAUAUCCCCUUGACGUUUACCUCCAACACCCCCCAACACCCCGAGUGUUCAACCCCACCAACCCCCACUAGACGCCGAAUUGGUGUAAGGAUUUCACACUGUUAGACGAUAUCCUCAUACCGGGCCGCAAAGAACUCAAGGUUUACUAGGUUAUUAGACUGUCAACUUUUUCCAAAGGCCUGCUGGGUUCAUAUAUUUAUACAUCUGGCGGAACGGUACCUACCUCUACCGAUUCCCCGCUACUCUUCUCUCUACCAGAACUUGAAUCUAAGAAACAUGUCAUGCUCUAUUCUCCUUCGAAUCCCCCUUGAGCUGCGCGAGGAGAUAAUCCAGUAUGUACUAUACUCUCUGCGUCCCUCCCCUGACGGUCCCUCUUACCCACAUAAUCGGGUACGACUUUUUGACGUCGGCUUUGAUUCUUUAUUAUCCCUAUUAUCCCACCGUCUUAGACACGAGAAACCAGUGGAAUGGACCAUUCCCGCUGGGCAGGCCCUACUUCUUGUGAACCGCCAGAUUGCCGCAGAGACGAGGGCCAUCUUAGCACGGUAUCCUCUCACAUACCAGCUUGACAUCAUGAUGAUCCAAGAGCGUUAUCUAUGGCCAACGUGGUUGUCUGUACCCGUUCUUUCAAAUAGAAUUGACGAGUUAAAGAUUACCUUCCGGACAUUUGGCUCUGCUGUGUCUCCCCGAAAUCAUCAGCAUAUGUUCAGUUCGUCACCGACUGGCAUGUUCGAUUACAGACUAUAUACCAAUGAUCCUCCGCGGUUAGUCUUGUGCCUCCUUAGUGUUAUCGAGCGGAUUUUACUGCGGGGCGUGCCAUUUCCUUCUCCAGCGCGGUUAUCCAACACUAGCCAAGAAUGGGAUGUCAAUACAAUUGAAUCUCUUUUGAUUGUAGAGGAUGACAUUCUUCCCGAGGAGGACUCGGAGGAGCUAAGGGAGUGCAUUCAAGCAAGGACGACUCUUGCACAGAGGAUUCGAGACAGGGAAGUCAUCAUUGGCACACUUGUUUUGGAUAUACAAAGUCCGACUGCUUGGCACGGACAGACGACUCCUGAGCCUGAGGUUGGAUUUGCCGAAUGGAAGUCAUAUUCGUAUCACUUCGCAUACCAAGCAUUUUCACCAUUCGCCUUUGUGGAUAGCUCCGAAAGCUCGUUGGUAACGGAUAUCCCCGUGGCAAGAUCGGGGUGGCUUGCGUCAAUGAUAUCUAGUGAAAUUACUGCCUUGCUCCGUAUGAAGUAUCAAAGUAUAUUCUGCAAUGAUCUUAUUUUCGAGCGCAUCGGCCGUAUACAGGUGAAGGUUGAUGGGGUGCUAUUCGCAGAGUUAAAUCUCGACGAAAUGCUGGCUAAUUUACAGUUCACGGGGGGUUGGCUUCCUAGGGAUACUGUGAUUGACUCUGUGAUUGACUCUGUUGACAAGCGCAGGUGGCAAUUCUUCGGCUGGAAGGAGAGAACGAAGAGGUUCAGAAUGAAACGAGGCUUGCCUGUUGUCCAUGUCGGAGAUUCCCUGGAGCUGUUCGAAUCCCGUUUGCUAUAACCAACGUCGAAGGUGGAUGAGUAUUAUUAGAUCCGCUUUCUGUGGCACUUUGCCAAUAUGAUUGCUUUUGGGAAUAGGAGGGUGAUAGUCUUUCUCGAAGCCAGGUUCAAGUAUUAUGAAUGCGUCUCCUGUCAGUAUUGGAAAGUACUGGAAGUUGCUCUACUGAAGGGGACAGGGGUGUGAACCCUUCGGAUGUACCAAUCUUUCUGUGUAAAUACGGAGAACUUCUAAAUUCAAGUAAUGAAAUUUAUUUUAGCGGGCGCUGUAAUCUACCACCGAAACAAGCAGCCAGAUGUAAAGCUCUCUCUAAUUUCCUUCUAAUUAAUAAAUUGAUAGUGUUACAUUAAGCUGCGUCAAGAAAAAGAACGAGGAAAACCUGCCUGAAUACCCCAAACUCCAUCUCUAUAUAUUUAUGUCUCUCUUCUAAAUGAUUCAUUCAAAAUUGCGGCACGCUGAAAAAAAAUGCCUCAUGUACUUCUUUCAUUCAGGAUCCAAACAGCCAAAAAAAAGGUAUCCACUCCGUCGGAGGAAAAUUCACACCAACCCCCUUGCCAUACAUAUAUUUCAUCGAUCAUUAAAUCAUCAUGCGUAUUUCUUUUCGAGUUUGCGUCUUAAUUCGGAAACCGGGCGCUUGGGGUUGGCAGAUGGUAGGUUCCAUUAACCGACCCGUAUCUCGGCGGGGGUAUGAGCGACGCAGCAGGAUAAGAAAUUUUGAUCGUUGCGUGCGAUGGCUGCGGACGGAACACGCCCGUUGGCCCUAGUUGUGUGUAAGAGAGCCUCAGGGAGGAGGGUCUGUAUAUUAAAGUGGUAUUUGAAGAUGCAGAUGCCGAUGGGAGAGACGUCGUUCGAGGCGGAAGGGUCGGCGCAACGGUCGUCCGUGUGGGCAGGCCUGACUUUUCACUUGAUGGACGCUCAGUGGAUGUCGGCGAGGAAGAGUCAGUCGUGGUGGUUAUGGGAGCGACUGUUUCUGUGAUUCGAGGGGGGAUUGUGACAAGGAGGCCUGGGGGUGGGGUUUUUGUGGUUUUUGGGCCCCCAUCAACAGGGACGACUGAGUAUGGUACUCGUCUUCGUGGGACUAGCAGUUGUGGUUUGAGGGAUAGAGGAAAUGAAUUUGCUACUGUAGAAAACAUCGCCGCGAACAAUAUUAUCAAUAUGUUAAGUCUCAUGCUGAACGUCAUUGCAG